AUGUCGGGUCCCAUGCCCGAUGUGCACGGCUCUGCGGAUGUAACCGCAGAGCCUAACCCACAGCCACGGUUGGUUAUACAAGCUCCUCAAGCUCGCAAUUCGAGCGAUGAUACUGAUGUCUGUGCCUCUCUUUCUUUGUCGAAAACAGAACAAGAUUCACGUCUUUCUUCUGAGGUCAAAGACCAUGCCAAUGUCCAUGUGAAUCACGAUAUAUCGACCCCGUCGAACAACGAUGACGGUCGCGUUGCCACCGAGGAUGAAGUGCGCGACCUCCUACAUGUCGUUGACAACAUUCCUGUUCGGCUCUGGGUAGCAUGCCUGGCGGGUAUCCUCGAACGAUUCGUCUGGUACGGGGCAACCGCUCCUCUACGUGCAGAAUUACCUGCAAAAUGCCCCUGGGGGGAGGUACCGGGUGCACUAGGGCUGCAGCAGGCCGCUGCAUCCAAUAUUGUGAAUGCAGUGAUCAUCGGGUCGUACAUCGUGCCCGUGCCUGCUGCUGUUAUUGCCGAUAGCUGGUUGGGCCGCUACAAAACAAUGAUAUACUCUGCUAUCAUUGAGGCCAUAGGGGCAACCAUUCUGUUCGCGACGUCCCUGCCCGUCGCCAUCGAAAAGGGGGCAGCUUUACCCGGAGUCAUAACUGCCUGUGUACUGAUGGCCAUUGGAUCGGGGGCAUUCAAAACGACGGUGGUACCAUUUAUCGCCGACCAAUACGAUGAAGCCGAGUUUCGAAUCAAGGUUGAGAAGAAGAAGGGAGAGCUGGUUGUCACUAGCCGGCAAUUGACUAUUACCUAUAUCUAUAAUGUCUUCUACUGGGCUAUUAACGUUGUGGGUUUUGUUGCCGAUGCCACGCCAUUGUUGGAACGUUAUGUUAGCUUUUGGCUGGCCUACCUCAUUCCAUGUUGUGCCAUGUGGCUGGCCCUAAUCCCGAUACUCUUCGGUCGCAAAUACUUCAUCCGCGAGUCGCCAACAAGCAACAUUAUGCCCCAGGUGUGCGCUGCGUUGCGGUGUGGUAUCACCGGUGGCUUCAAAAUGGACGCUGCAAAGCCAGACGCACAGCUUCAGCAACACGGUCGCCAGGUCCCUUGGGAAGACUCCUUUGUUGAAGAUAUUAAGAAAAGUCUUCUGACCUGCCGAGUAUUGAUUCUGUUCCCUAUUCACUGGCUCUGCUAUAACCAGACGUUCAACAACUUGAUCUCUCAAGCCGGUCAGAUGGUUACGUACGGUAUCCCGAACGAUAUGAUGAAGAUUGCUGGAGCUAUCUCAGGCAUUAUUGUCGCGCCUAUUAUCCAAAAAGGAAUCUACCCUUAUCUAACAAAGAGACGCAUCUCGUUCGAACCGAUCGCACGGAUGACAGUCGGAUUCAUCUUCUUGACCCUCUCAAUGGCUUACACAACGGUGGUUCAGAAGCUUAUCUACCAGAAGGGGCCAUGCUAUGAUGCACCACUGAUGUGCCCUGCUGCCAAUCAUCGCACUGUCCCCAAUCAGAUCUCCGUCUUUCUUCAAAUUCCGACAUACUUCGGUGGAGCAUUAGCAGAGGUAUUUUGUCUUACGACGGGAACUGAGUAUGCCUAUAACAAUGCUCCGAAGAGUAUGAAGACCCUAGUACAAGCUAUCUGGCUUGCUAUGGCUGGGAUUGGAACUUGUCUUGCCCUGGCCUUCACUCCGCUCACCAAGGAUCCACAUCUGGUCACGAUGUAUGCUAUCUUGACUGGACUGUUGGGUGGGGCGACUAUUCUGCUAUGGAUUCUUUUCAGGCGCUUGGAUAAGUUGAAGAUCAAGGAGGACGCUGAGUGA